CUUCUUCUUCUUCUUCUUCUUCUGCUAAAGAACGCUCUUCUUCAUCUCCAUAAUCGAUUUAUCUCUCCAAAGAAGCAGAAUCCGAACUUGUUAUCAAUCUCAAGCUCUCUUAGCUCCUCCACAGUCAGAAAACAAUGGUUUAAUUUUACGGGGGAGGAUGGUGAAGUACUCAGGCUAUUUGGUUCAUCCCUUCUUGUUAUUUAUCAUCUGGUUAUCGAGCUUCCAAGAUGUAGCGGCACAUUAUAAGGCUAAUGAGCAUACUAGCAAAUCCACUACCGCUGAGUUAGCAAACCCACCUGGUAUUGGAGUCUCCGGUCCCAUUCAAGUAUCUCCAUCCGUCAUCCCUAAAUACACAUCCCCUGCUCUACCUUGGACACCACCAAUGUACCCUACUUUCCCUGACACUUAUGAACCAAAGCUAACCGGGAAAUGUACCGCAGACUUUCAAGCAAUCUCAACUCUUAUCGAUACAGCAGCGUCAGAUUGUUCCCAACCAUUCGCUGCACUCGUUGGAAACGUGAUAUGCUGUCCGCAGUUUGUUAGCUUACUACAUAUCUUCCAAGGACAGCAUGAUGUGAAGUCAGAUAAGUUGGUUCUCCCUGAUUCGGUUGCUACAGAUUGUUUUUCAGAUAUCGUUAGCAUCCUUGUCAGCAAAAGAGCCAACAUGACAAUACCUGAACUUUGCUCUGUGACAUCCUCAAAUCUAACUGGAGGUUCUUGUCCUGUUCAAGAUGUCACAACGUUCGAGAAAGUUGUUAACAGUAGUAAAUUACUGGAUGCCUGUCGCACCGUUGAUCCUCUUAAGGAGUGUUGUAGACCAGUUUGCCAAGGUGCGAUUAUGGAAGCUUCGCUUAUAAUCUCGGGACACCAAACGAUGGUUGGUGGUGAUAAGAUCCCUUUAGGAGGAUCAAACAACGUCAACGCACUUAAUGACUGCAAGAAUGUUGUGUUUUCAUAUAUUGCAAGGAAGCUGGAAGCAGACAAAGCCAACACAGCGUUUAGGAUAUUGUCUUCCUGCAAAGUUAACAAAGCUUGCCCCUUGGAGUUUAAGGAGCCAACGGAAGUGAUCAAGGCUUGUCGUAAUGUGGCUGCUCCAAGCCCUUCUUGCUGUAGCUCGUUGAAUGCUUACAUUGAUAGGAUACAGAACCAAAUGUUAAUAACAAACAAGCAGGCCAUAGUGUGUGCAACAGUCAUCGGUUCUAUGUUACGGAAAGGUGGUGUCAUGACAAAUAUAUAUGAGCUUUGUGAUGUCGAUCUCAAAGAUUUCAGUGUCCAAGCAUAUGGAAUGCAACAAGGUUGUCUUCUAAGAAGCUAUCCUGCAGACUUGAUAUUUGACAACACGACAGGAUACAGUUUUACAUGUGAUUUGACGGAUAACAUAGCUGCGCCAUGGCCAUCUUCAUCGUCAAUGUCUUCAUUGUCGCUUUGUGCUCCUGAGAUGUCAUUACCUGCCUUGCCAACAUCUCAGACUCUUAGAAAUCACGGGUUUCGCGGUGGUGGUGGUGCGGUUGGAGCGUUGCGUCUCAUUAUCAUUUUGGUGUUUAUGUUGUAUGAUGUUGUUAGACAUUAAGAAUCAGAUUUAUUUAUUUUGUUUUGGUAGGACUAUGUUAUGGAUGGCAAAGUUCAUAUUGUAUGUUCUUCUUGUGUAUAUGUUUUUUUGUUGGUAAGAACAGGGGUAAUGUAGUAAUAUGUCUUCUCAGUCUCUCUCAUGUAUAUAAUUUUUCUUCUCUC